AGUUUAAAUCUUUCACACUAGAGUACGAUUUUCAUGUAUCUUUCUUUUUUAAAAGAUGGCUCAUUAGCGCGGUAACGCCUCUUUUCUGCUAAUACUCCGAUCAUCGACCAUUCACUGAUGUUCGACUACGCAUCGAGAUUUCAAAUGUUGUUUCCUACAACAUUGGCGGCAUGUCGCGUUUAACCUGUUUAUUUAUUAAAAGAGAUACACAAUAUAAUAUAUUUCAAUUAUCUAGUAAUAAGACGUUACAAUUUGAGGGUUCUACGAAAAAUGGCUGAUCGCUAAAUUUGUUGUGUGUAUGUGCAUUAAUACAAGGGGAAAAUUCUGUGAAAGGAAUAAAUAACCUAACGUAAUAUCGAUUUGUGUAAAACGCGCGUAAAUAUGCCGCGUACCAAAGCAUCACCAAAAAAAUGUGUUAAAACAACAAAUUCACAUCCAGGCACAAAUACAUGGGUUUUCCUAAUGAAAGGUGAUAGUUUAAAUAAUACAGAUGGUGGUGUACCUGAUGUUAUUAAAUUAAGACAUCCAGCUACAAAUCAACCUGCAAUGUUUGUAUUUAGUCCAGGCAAUGUAACAGUACAAGAAGUUCUGACAUUUGAUGAAAAUAAAAGGUCAUGGUUUAUAGAUGAUAAUGUAAAAUCUGAUGGAAAGUUACAUUUAUCUACUCCUAUUGAUCCAAUAUUUUUAAUAUUACCUUAUUUAAGAAAGUCACAACAAGCACAACCAUUAGAACAAUGUCUUUGGGAUGAAGAUUUUAUAGAAACGACUCGUCUUACUCAAUGUCAGAAUUUAAAACUGACUCUAGUCGCUGACCGCAAGGGAGAUGAAUCUUUACAAGCUUAUAAAUUUAAUGAAGAAAAAGCAUUAAUCUGGUUGCAUAAGAAAGUGGAAAGAGUAAUUGAAGUAUUAAAACAGAAGGGCAUUCAUGUAUCACAGGGUGCUAUUAGUGCUACUUAUGUUAAAAGUACUAAACUUGAAACUGCUUCAGAAGUGGAAUAUUUAAAAUAUGCACAUGGCAUUGUAUCAGAGUAUCUUCAAGAAGAUUUAUCAAAAAAAUUAGCACAACAUUUAAAUUUAGCAGAUGAAUCAGAAAAUAAGAAACGGAAAUUAAAUAGUCCUAAAGAUACUGUUGAAGAAAAGAAACCUAAGAAAGAUACAACUGAAAAUGAAUCAGUAUUAAAACCAAAAACACCUGAGUCAACUAAAUUAGAAAAGCCUCAAAAAGCUACAAUUGGUAAGAAAGAAUUAGCUAGACAAAAAGCAGCAGCUGGAUCCAAGAGCAUUACUAGCUUCUUUAAGAAAAAAUAAAUUUUAGGUAAUUUGAGAAAUCUAAAUAUAUAAAAAUUUUUGAAAUUUCAAAUAUUGCAAUAUGUAUACACUCAAGUUGUAGCACUGUUAUUCAGAACCAGGUUCACAACAUUGUAAAAAUAUCUUGAAAUAUUUUAAAUAAUUGUUUAACCAAUAGACAACUCUAAUCAAUAAGCAAUUUCUUAAAUAUUUUUUAAUAUAUAUGUUGCAAUCUCUCUACAUUGGGGAAUAGAAUAUUUAAGUACUUAUUAUAAUUUUGGAUGUACGUAAAAUAUAUUGUAAAAAACAUAAAAAUUUUGAAAAUAGCAAGUUUGAACAUGUAAAAGUAUUGGUCGUGUUCACAAUACAUUAUUUUUAAAUUAAAAAAUAUAUUAAAAAGUAA